GCUAUCCUAAAACAUACCCUGUGUGACGCCAUUGCUGCGCGACGGACUUGUUGGUAGUUCACAUGAGAGCGAAAAAUCUGCAGCGAUCCGGCUCAGCUCAUCAGACCAUAUACAUAGAAAUUGAAUCUUCCAGCCGAUUUCAUGCACAUCGUAAACUGCAAUCCAACGUUUCCGUGAAGUGUUUGCGUUUUUCUCUGAACCGGAAGACCUCAAAGAAAUCAAAGUUCGCAAGGAGGUGACAUCUGGCUGCUCCACACCUGACUUCAUUGAAUGAGGUUCAACACCAAUUAGCAUUUGUUUUGGUUCGAUACCCACAGAAAAUCAAACACGCCCAACAUUCAGUCGCACGCAGCUGGACACACAUUCAUAUAAAUCUGCAGGCUAACGGUGACGAGCUGGCGCAGGUUGUGGGUUGUCCGUGGAGAAUGCGAGACAGUGGCGGUAGCCUGGCCCAGAACCGCUGGCAGGGAGACCUGGGUCUGACCGCUGUGGGGCAGGACGACACAGGAGGAGGUGGGAUUCCUGGAGACCACCUCAUAGUCCCUGUGUCAGGCAACAGCGUACCCAGCCCCAUGCACCUCAGACUGGGGCAGAAAGAGAAGGUGUGGACAGGAGAGUAUGUGGAGGAGGAGGACGAGGAGGAUGGGAUGGGUAGGAUCAAGGAAAUGGGUGAUGAGGAUGAAGAAAACAAUCCUGAUGGCGAGGACGAGGUAGAGUUUGAAGGCAAGGGUUGGGAUAACAAUGAGGAGGAUGAAGAAGAUGAUGAUGAAGAAGAAGAAGAAGAGGAAGAAGAUGAGGAGGACGAGGUGGAAGAUGGAGACCAGGCGGAGCUGGAGUGGGAGAUCCCAGACUUUCCCUCCCAGUCCACGCAGCACCCUCAUUCACAACAACAACACCACCAACACCAUGGACCACUACAGAAGGUGGACGAAGGCGGUGAUGUCCCUGCGGAGGACGCCGUCUCCCAGGCCGAAGCGGGGGACUUGUUCAGGUCCCACUUCAGCAAGUACCGGGCUCUGCGGAGGCUCCGGCGCUGGCAACGUUUGCGCUCCCACGGAGGCCUUGGGUUUCGGCUCACCAAGCACUGGAAGAGCUGGCGCCAGCGGGCGCAGUGGGUCUGCUCCCAAGGGUACCGGUGCAGCCGCAGAGGGCAGAGGCUUAAUCAGUACGGCAAGCAAAGGAGGAUAAAAAGGUAUCGGCAAUCAGCUUACAGCGACGGAGACGAGGACAGCAACGAUGAGAGGUUGAGAGAGUCCGAGAGAGAUAAGCUGAUGAACGGCUGCUCUCCAGACAAGCAGGAGGACAGAGGGAGGCGGGACAUUGAGGUCAAACCUGUGGAGCUGGCCCUUACUGAGGAACACAUGAGCUGUGUGACAGGUAUUCUUGAAGAGUCUCUACAGCAGUACGGCAGUUUGAUCCCCAUCCACGUGGACGACAUCGUGGAGAAGCUUCAGGACAUCUUCAGCGAGAGCUUCUCUCAGCCACACAGGAAAGCAGUGGUCCAACACCUAAUACAAUCCUUCCAGCGUUCGUCGGGAUCAGCCCUGGCCAAAACGUUCCGAGUCAACUACAAACGCCACGUCCUGACCAUGGACGACCUGGGCACUCUGUAUGGACAGAACUGGCUCAACGACCAGAUUAUGAACAUGUAUGGUGACCUGGUCAUGGACUCCGUCCCCGAGAAGGUUCACUUUUUCAACAGCUUCUUUUACGAUAAGCUGAGGACAAAAGGCUAUGAUGGAGUCAAACGGUGGACAAAAAAUGUGGACAUCUUUCAGAAGGAUCUGUUGUUGAUCCCCAUCCACCUGGAGGUCCACUGGUCGCUGGUCAGUGUUGACAUUCCGCGUCGAGCCAUCACUUACUUCGACUCUCAGCGGACUCUCAACAGACGUUGUCCGAAGCACAUUUUUAAGUAUCUGCAAGCGGAGGCCAUCAAAAAAGACCAACAAGACUUUUUGACGGGAUGGAAAGGCUUUUUCAAAAUGAAUGUGGGUCGUCAGAACAACGACAGUGACUGUGGUGCUUUUGUGCUACAGUACUGCAAGUGUCUGGCUCUAGGGCAGCCCUUCAUCUUCGGCCAACAGGACAUGCCGCGGCUGAGGAGGCAAAUGUACAAAGAACUCUGUCACUGCAAGCUCACCCUGUGACCCCCCCCCCCCGCCAUUUCCACCUGCUCCCACCCAGAACCCUAACAAGAUGGAGGGACAAUGAUAUGACAAGAAGGAGGGCAAGGGGAGCAAAAGAUUGACUGGGGGGAAAAAAAAGAGAGAGAGAAACUUUUCAUUGAAAAAACAUUUUUUCUUCUCUGCCAACAUCCAGAGAAACGACUUCUUCUAUUGUAGGUGAUGUCAUUGUUUGACUUUUUUGUUCUCUCUCUUCGCUUUCCUCUCUCCACCCUUUUUGAAAACUCUUGAUUUAAUUUCCAUGUCACGGUUAUUCCUUUGUGGUUGACAGAGGCCAAGACUAGCUUCCGUUUUGGGAACGUGCUUAUCAUCCAUCCUAUCUUAGUCCACCUUGAGCAUGAAGACGUCUGAAGGAUACGGUCCAGAUGAAGAGUUUGGACCACAGUCGGUUCAACCUGACUCCUGUUUUCACGGCUGAAUGAUUUGAACCAGUCUGCGUAAGCUUGUGGUUAAAUAGUACCAGCGGAUGUACACGCCUUCCAUCCAAUCCAGUGUGUUGUGUUCCAAGUGUGAAAGUCUCAGCAAAAAAAAAACAUGAAAUACACUUCCCCAUGCUACAGCCGAUGUCAUGUCCACAACUCUAUCUAGUCAGCACAUGUUUGCUACUGUAGUGACAUUUCCAAUGUAUCAUAUUUGUUUAACAAUUUACAACAAGAUGUUUGGAUGAAUUUAAAGUGACAGUGGAACUUAACGUGCUGCCAUUUUGACAUCAGAAAACACAAACCAUGGAACACAGCACAUAUUGGCCCCUGCACAGGAAACCUCCUCUGCCUCCAUCACUCGUCCCCAAAUAACACGCCUUCAUGUGGGAGACUGGAUCAGCAUCUGCCCAAACAAGCCGGAAUGACACAUUGGCCCGAAGAAAGGGGUGUCUUUACAUUGCAUUUAUCUUUUUUUUCCUGUUUUAUCUCGUUGGUAAACGUGUUGAUAUGCUUAUUGCUUUAAACAAAAGAUGUUAAAAGGAGGACUACUAAUUUGCGUUAUUUUUGGAGAAAGUACAAAAGAGAUCCUCUGGUUGGUAUUUCUUUGGAAGUUUGAGAGCCAUUUUGGAGAGGACCACGUCAGAGUUAGAUCACAGCGGAGUUACAGCACCCUCCUCUUCUUUUUAUAACAAAAGACAAAUUUGUUGAUAGCUGUGUGUUUGUUUAUUUCUUUUCUUUUCCAAACAGGAUGUUAAUGCAAAAGAGUUGACAGUUUUAUAUAUCUUCUACAAUGCAUUAUGGUUGCUGAAAAUAAAAAAUAUGCGGCAAA